CUAGUUCCCAGUUGGUGCAUCUCUAAGACACAAUUUGCUUGUUACGAAAAGGCCAAGAAACUAGAAUUUGUAUUAAUUUAUUGCUCCAGUUGCCAUGGCCGUUUUACGGGGUUGGAGAUUCGUGGGCUUUGUAUCCUGCAUUGUCGGAGCAGUUGGCCUAACUCUGUAUCCAGUUGUGAUAGAUCCCAUGUUAAACACGGACAAAUACAAGUCCCUGCAAGAGUACAGUAAAACCAAGCGAGAUGAACUGCAGCAUAGGAAUCUAAAGUAGCAACCUUAACAAUAAAGGAUGAUGACUGUAAAAUAUUAAAGUCGUAAUGUUGUAUAAUAAACCAAAUUUGAGGCUGUCAUUAAGAACUAAACCCAAUUUCUUUUUAUAUGUA